AUGGGCCAAGAUUUCUUCAAAUAUCUGCCAUCAGAAAUCACAAUAGAUAUUCUUGCUAGACUCUGCAUACAAGCCAUAAUUAGCUGCAAGUUGGUUUGUAAACCAUGGCUCGAUCUGUUAACGACGAGUGAGUUUGUGAAGUUACACUUGUCUAAAUCAGUCCCUCGUCUCGCCAUAUGCCAGCCAGAAUCGGUUUCAAAGCGAUACAAAAUCAUUGAAUUUGUAAAUGAGCUCAGUGAUGAGGACAAUGGGAAUAUAUUCAACUUUGAUUUCCCUUUUCGUGUACCUCUGCUCAGUUCAGCUAAUGGUUUGCUCUUAAUGCAAAAGUUUGAGAGUGAACCUUUUAUAUGCAAUCCAGUCAUUCGGGAGUAUAUCACACUUCUUUCUCCUCGUCCUACACAUGCGAUGGUUUUUUUUGAGAGAUAUGGAUUUGGAGUGAGCAAAAUGAGUGGCGAUUAUAAGGUGGUUAGGAUUUUCAUUGAAGGACUACCACCGAAUGAUCAAAUUGGUUGCCAAGUAUACACUAUUGGCACUAGAUUGUGGAGAAAGAUUGCUUUUGUUAACCCACAGAAGCUAUAUAAUAGGAUAGCGGUAUUUCUAGAUGGAAAUCUUCACUGGACGGAAAGUAAGGGAUCCUCUUGGCGAAUUCGAUCCCUUGAUCUUGAAACAUAA